AUGCGAGCGGUACUGCCGGGGAAACCCCCAGCGAAUCUCCAGUCGUUCAGCACAGCACUGUGGAAUGGACUUCGCGUGAUUGCCUAUAUUUCCGGCCACGCACUGGUCAUCCUUGGCGGCCCGCAAACGCUUCUUCAAACGAUAUAUGUCGAUGAUACCGAUACACUAAAUGCUGUCGCCUUUGACGAAGAGUCGGGAAAAAUUGCCGUGUGCGGUGGUCCAGAAGUUUUCGUCUACCACCCAUACGGCAUCCAGGGCGAGACACUUAAGUGGUCUCUUGCCUAUACUUUCCGCGCCGACGAUGACGACGAACCGAUCCGUACUCUAUCGUGGGGUUCCGAGAACGAGCUUCUGCUAGGCAACUCUCGCCUCGCUUUGUGGUUUUUGAAUGAUAACCCGCGUCUGGUCUGGAAGAAGAAGCUCGGGACCCCCGUCAGUCUUGCAUACUUUUCUCCUGAUGCGGCCCUCGUCGUGACUGUUGGAUUAUACGAUCGACUGGCCAAGGUGUGGAAGCGAUUGGCGUUCGGCGAUGAGGUACGGUUCGAGGUCUCGUACCUCCCGCAUCCGAGCAUUAUCACUGGAGUUCAUUGGCGACUGCCCCGCCAUCGGGGCCAGUCUAUGGGAAACGUACUUUAUACUCUAUGCGCGGACAAUAAGGUUCGAGUCUGGGCUGCGACAGAUCACCAUGCCCUUUCGCCGUUGGAAUUGUGGGCAGACAUCGACAUGAACGUCUCUGUACAGCCACGAGAUGCUUCAAAUGUCGAACAAGGUCCCCAGCGACGAUACGGCUUCAUUUUGGACAGUCGGGAUUUCUGCGCUGUGACCGAGCGAGCCGUUGAACGGAACACGGGCAGCAAGGACAAGCAUGCGUUGGAACAUCUUAUCGAAGUCGCGAACAAUAGCCCUGAGAUCUGCGUGGUGAUUGACGGCCAAGGUCACAUGUCUGCAUGGGCCUUGGAGGAUAUUGGCUCGAAGGCUAAAACCACCAUGAGUGUUUUCAAUAUUCUUCACGUGGAGGGUCUUGAAUUCGGCUUCAUGUCAGAUCUUACGGCGGCGGAAGAUUAUGCGCAAAUACGCGUUUUCCAGAGUAAACCCGCCGACGACACUCUCAGUAUCGUCGUGCACCAUUUUGAUGGUCGAAUUGAGUGGUAUGACUCCAAGGUGGAUGUCCUAUUUGAUCCAGCGCCCAGGAGGAAACGCAUAGUUCCAAGGUCAUCUUGGUCGGGACACACGGCUCCAGUGAAAAAGAUUGUUCGCAAUGCCAUUGGCGAUACGAUCAUCUCUCGCACCGAUGAGAAUAAAGCUAUGAUCUGGAAGCAAAAUCGCCGGGAAGGUAAAUCGAUGAUUACGCAUAAGAGCACAUUAUUCUCCGAGGAUCACAUACACCGCACGUGCCUUAUUGAGAAUGGACAUUUCCUUGUCAAUCUUCACCACAACGGCGUGUCGCUGUGGGAUUUCAGCACCUAUCAUGCGAAGAAAAUAGCCUCCUUACCUUUCACUCUAUCGAGUAAGCCGCUAUGCGUGCUCCCGCUUCCUACUCCAGAUGCAAGCCCAGACAGAGCUUAUGUGGCAACCAUCGCGGCAGAUUCGCAUGGCAUCGUUUGGGAGAUUCAAUGGAGUGGACAUGGCGACCGGAAAGGUCGAGAUGAAGGAAACAUAUCCUGCGAAAUGCGUAGAUUUUGCACAUUUGAUAUGGGAUUAACGGAAGAUUUGGCAUAUAUUCAGCCUGUUGACCCGGCGGGACAUAAAGCAAAAUAUUCUGGCUUCUUUGACGCCUUUUCUCCAGACAUUGCCCUCUCCUACACCCACAGUGGUGUCGUCCGGACCUGGACGGCUAAGGUGGACCGAGAAAAGGCUAAGGUCGAGUGGCUGUUGAAGUCUACCGUCGACACUGCCAUUGAGAACCCAUCACUGGCUAGUGGAAGUUCGAUUCGUAAGGCUGCACUUGUGGAUCAGGAUCGAACUCACCUAACGAUCUGGGACACCAACAAUGCCCAGUUGGAGUUUGAAGAGCAUUUCGCUCAGCAUGAUAGCAUUCGGGACCUGGACUGGACUUCAACUCCUGAUAUGCAGUCUAUCCUUGCCGUCGGAUUCCCCCACAAAGUUGUUUUGUUAUCCCAGCUACGCUACGAUUAUUUGGACUCUCGACCAUCUUGGACCAAAAUUCGUGAAAUCUGGAUCCGCGAUCUCACACCUCAUCCCAUUGGUGACUCUUGCUGGCUCACAAAUGGCAAUCUUGUGAUUGGUGCAGGCAAUCAGCUGUUUGUCUACGAUAAACACUUUGAAGUGGCAGAUCGUCUGAUAUCUGAGCUUCGUAUCCCAUCAAAAGGACAGCAAGCUGUUGACCUCUAUGAUGUUGUAGGCCGACUCAAUGGUCCACUGCCUAUCUUCCAUCCGCAAUUCCUUGCACAGUGUAUCCUUGCCGGGAAGACUAGCUUGGUGCAUUCUAUUUUGAUGAAUCUCCAUCGCAAAUUGAAGUUUUACACAGAAGGGGAUGGUUUGGAUGGUUUCUUGGAGAUACCGCUGGAGCAUUUCUAUGAUGAGAAUAGUAUAUCCCAAGACAUUUCGUCGAAGGAAAUGCGUUCAUCCUACGUUGACGCUACAGUGGAAGAGGAAGUCUCCUCUGUUGUUGAUGAAAAUGUUGCGACGAUCUUGAACGAGAAUCUUUCUCGUAUUGCGCUGCCUCGGCUGUCUAGCCAUGAGCAGUUUCGCCUCGUUGAUACGAUCGAAUGUGUCGCGACUGUCGAGAAGCAUCGGCGAUCAAUGGAUGACAAUGCCGCCCGCUAUCUCCUCUUCUUCCGACAGCAUAUGCUAAGGAAGAGCCAAGGCGUAGCAAAUAAAGAUCGAGUCUCUUGGAGAGAGAUUGUCUGGGCUUUCCACAGCGGGAGUCAAGACAUUUUAACAGAUCUCGUGUCGCGCCAGUUCAACGGCAAAUUGACGUGGAAAGCUGCUCGAGAAAGUGGCAUCUUCAUGUGGCUUUCUGACUCAACAGCAUUGAAAGCACAACUUGAAGCCGUUGCACGCAAUGAGUAUACCAAGACUGAAGAAAAGGACCCAGUCGACUGCACACUCUACUAUCUCGCGCUUGGAAAGAAGAACAUUCUCCAAGGGCUGUGGCGCAUUGCGCAUUGGCAUCGCGAACAGCGUGCUACUCAGCGUCUAUUGGCCAAUGAUUUCAAGGAAGCACGUUGGAAGACUUCUGCACUCAAGAAUGCCUAUGCCUUACUUGGGAAACGCCGAUUUGAGUACGCGGCCUCAUUCUUCCUUCUAGCUGACCACCUACGCGAUGCUGCCAAUGUUGUCGCCACCCAAAUGGGCGAUCUUCAACUUGCGAUCACAAUUACCAGAGUCUACGAGGGAGAUAAUGGGCCCGUGCUCCGCGAACUGCUAGAAGACAAGCUUCUUCCUGAGGCCGCCGCGGAAGGUAAUCGCUGGAUGGCCUCAUGGGCUUUCUGGAUGCUUGGACGACGAGAUAUGGCAGUGCGAGCACUCAUUUCUCCAAUCGAAACCCUGCUUUCACCCAUUCCUACCACCCCAGGGAGCCCCGGUCGAGCAACACUUCAAUCCAAGUCCUACCUCUCCAACGACCCCGCACUGGUAGUUUUAUACCACCAACUCCGAGAAAAAACCCUCCAAACCCUCAAGGGUGCCUCACAAGUCCGGCCCCGCGAAGAGUGGGAAUUCGUGCUCCGCAACGCCCGAUUGUACGACCGCAUGGGCUGUGAUAUUCUCGCCCUGGAUCUGGUGCGCCACUGGGAGUUCUUGGGCGCUCCCCCCACAUCCAAGUCAUUGCAGUCACAACCGUCCCUCGAGAUCAAUGAGAAUGGAGUCGAUUAUCGGAAAUUGCUUCGCCGGCGGAGCAGUCUGGUUGUCGCUGAUAUGCCGGUCCGCCUUUCCAAGACGGAUGGUGCCGCAGAUACGAAGGAUUCUUCUGCCAUUGACGAUUCCCAGCAGAAGAAACCUGCACAAAAGCCGAAGCCCCCACCAACCAUGUUUCAUGAGCCAGAUUCGAAUUCGUUGCUGGAUAGCUUUGGGUUCUAG